AUGCCCAGCCCGGUGAACAAAGGAAGCAAACGGCCCACCCUGAUUGCCCCGGUCGCCAGCACGGCCGCCGCCGGGCCCUUCGGGGAGCGCGGGGCGCCCGGCGAGGGCAGCGGGCCGUUUCUCGGCGACCUGCCCCCGUCGCCGAGCGGGGCGAGCGCCCCCCGCGGAGCCAGCGGCGGGCCGCAGGCCCGCCGGCUGAGGCGGGCGUCCACAGGCGCGGUGCCCAGCGAGCCGCUGCUCAGCGCCGGGAAGCUGGGCUCGACCACGGCGGGCCACCACUCGGUGUUCGACUUCGGCGAGUUUUGCGCCGGCUCGCCCGGGGGUUCGAGCCGCCCAGGCAGCCACCCGACGGGCUCGCCGACGGGCCGGUCUCAUGUGGGCUCCCACAGUGUGCCAGCCCCGCGAGAUGUCUCCCGCCGGAUGUCCCUGCCGGGGCUGGGCGGCAGCGGCGCAGGCGCGCAGCUGUCGGUCGUCACGCCGAGCCUGGGCCAGCUGCCCGCCGCCCGCCUGGGCGCCCGGCGCACCCUGGUCGCGUCGGCCUCCGCACCGGACGCGGCGCCCCUCCGACCGCCCCCCGCGGCUGCCGACGAGCCCCUCGCGGUCGCCUCGCCGGCGGCGGAGCCCCGCGAGCCUGCCGGGACGGCCGCCGGCAAGAGGCAUCCAACGCAGAGACGCAGAUCCUCGGAGCCCGUCGCGCAGGUCAGCAGUCUGUGGCAGAAGGCUUCGAAGGGCGUGGUGGAGGAGGUCCGCAACGCCUCGAAGGUCCGACGCGAUGAGGCCGCGGAGGUGUUGCAGGAGGCGCUGGCGGGCAAGGAGCAGAGCCAGGUCAUCGACGCCAUAGGGCGCUUCUGCGACCUAGAGGCCGGCCGCGGCAUUCGGGUGUACUACGAGUUCCAUGGGCCCAACAAGCCAGCCUGGCAGGGCGAGAAGGAGGAGCUGCUCCUUCUGCUCAUGGGCUCUGCCGCCGACCUUCGCAAGACCACGGACCAGCAGUACAUCAACCUCGCCUCGCAGUUCUUCCGGAUCCUGACGUACGACCACCGGAACACCGGCCGGACGACCGUCAAGGACGAGCCUUGCACGAUGGCGGAUUACGCGGACGACGCCGCGGCGUUGCUGGAGGCCGUGGUCCCAGAUAGGCUGCCCGUGCAUGUCCUCGGUGUAUCUUUCGGCGGCAUGGUCGCCCAGCACUUGGCGAUCCGGCACCCGCACCUCAUCAAGAGGCUGGUGCUGUGCUGCUGUGCCACGGGGGGCACGGGGGGGUCGUCGUACCCGAUCCACGAGUGGUACGCGCCCGGCGUUACCGUGGAGGAGAGAGUCGUCAGAAAGGCGUUCCAGGCCAACAGGGAUCGGGACGAGGAGUGGAGGGAGAGAUCGAAGGCCGAGUGGGCGAUGGUGCAGACCCUCCUGACGCGGGACGAGCAGGUGGGAGCCGGGGAACCGCUGCGGAUGGAGGGCCUCGUGAGGCAGCUGGACGCCAGGAGGGAGCACGACACGUGGGACGAGAUCGGCCGGCUCCAGAUGCCCGUGCUGUGCCUCGCCAGCGACAGGGACGGCAUCACGCCAGCCGCCCUGACGCGGGCCCUGGCCGAGCGCAUCGGGCGCAACGCGGAGGCGAGGCUGGACUUCGGGUGGGGCCACCCCUUCGUCGCCGCGGACGCCACGGCCAUGCCGUACUCGGAGGGCGAGGCGCUGAGCUCGGCGCAGGCGGCGGAGAGGCUGGGCCACGGGGCGCUGCUGCGCGAGGUGCGGCUGAGCGGCGACCGCCUGAGCUACGAGCUCCUGGAGGGCGCGGGCCCGCCGGCCGGCUGGGUGAGCGUCGGGGUCAAGGGGCGGCGGCUGUGCGCCAGGGCCCGCGCCGCCAGCGCGAGCUGCUCGGCCUCCUCUGUGGUCGGCUGGCUGCCCUCCAGGGCAGGCGGCGGCGAGGGGCAGCCAGGCCGACCAGGGCAGAUGCGGCCGGUUCUGGGGCCAGUGGGCAUCCUGGUCAUCCUCGCCAUCAUCGCCAGCGCCAGUGCAGAGCAGAGCUCGCAGAGUGCCACGACGUGCCAGAGCCCAGCGUGGGCGUGGCCAGAGGGUUGGCAUUUGGCAGUUGCUGAGUGCGGAGAGGGCGCCUGCGGGUACGACGUGGCCUUGGGCCUGCGCAGCGAUUUGGACUUCGUCGCAGUCUCGCAGCUGCUGUAUCAUCGAGCCUUCCAGUGCGGACUGGUGCCACGGCCCUUUCGGCCGCAUUCGCUUGUCAAUAUCGUCUGGCAGGCCAGGGCAGAGGAGUGCAUUCAGUGCGGGCUCAAGGUAUCCGACGCGGGGGUCGUACCGCCAGCGCUGGCGCAGCAGUGCCAAGCGAUUGAGAGCGUGGACGAGCCGGAUCUCGCUUGCGCGGGGGCAACGUGCAAUCCGCAGCUCGCAACUUCGACGGCGCCAGAUGGUUCUGCGGGCGAGGCCGAGCUCUGGUCGUCCGUUUGGUGGGUGCAGCAACUGGCUGAGUGGACAGCUUUCACUCGUCCGACCAAGGUAGACGAUGAACCUGCCAAGGCCAGUUUCCCUCUGGAGCUGCGCGAGGCGUCGGCGCAAAUGUUGCGCACGCCCGACGAGAUCGUGGACUCGCAGCCAGCGCGGGCGCAGGCGUGGGGCAACGCCGUCACGCGCUGCUGGGCCGACGGCGUGCGGAUCCAUCGGCAGGGUUACACGUCAGACCCGGGAUGGAGCCGCGAGGCUCCAGGCUUGAAGCUGUAA